AUGGCGGGGGCCGCCAUAAAUGCCGAGGCUGAAUUAGCUAAAAUGAUGGACCCUUGGCGCUCUGGUGCCCGGGGCGGCUUGCCUGAUCUAAACGAGCCCCCACCGCCUAUAGACGAAGAAUUAGAGGAGAAUGCAGAUGCUGCCCAGGCCCCCAAAAUAAUAAGCAAAGCUUCCCUGGACUCCUCAAUAUCCAAAUUGGAGAAUUUUCUUCGAGCAAAAGACGAAGCAGAGGCUUCUGGUUCAGGGGGGCUUACCACCGCUGCUUCUGAAGGUAAGGAGGAUAUUCUUCGUUGGGGAUGCUUUAAUCAUUUAAUAAUGGAACUAAAAUACUGUGGCGACGACAACGGAAUGAUUCAUAAUCACGCAAAAUGGCGCGCUGCCUGCUUAAAGGUAGUCACACUGGAAAAUACAGACUUGAAUUAUCUUAGAAAUAUGCGUUCAGAGCUAAAGGAAAAGGGCGUGGAAAGCCCGUUAUUCAAAGAAGUUGUCAAAGCCUUAGUCAAACAGGGGGUGGGACGCAGUUCUUAA